GCUUGCCGGGGCCGGGCUGCGCCUGGGCCGGGACUACAAUUCCCGUCAGGUCUCUGUGGGUGUCUAGGGGCGGGCCGCCGGUGGCAGGAGGGCUCCCUCCCACCGAGCAGCCGCGUGGAUGCCGCGGCGGACGGAGAGCCACAACUCGCCCCCCCGCUCGCCCGUUCCCCGCUGAAGCCGCGGUGCUCGCGUCUCCACGCGCGAGGGAUGGGAGGGAUGCUUGAGGGAUGGGUCGAGUCUAAUGAGGGCGGUGCCGAUUGGCUGGGGGAGACGCCCCCGCUUCCCGCCAGCCAAUAGGCGCGCGGGACACUGCGGCGCGUGCGAAGCCGGGCGGAGGAGCACCAUGUUCCUGGUGGGACUCUCGGGUGGCAUCGCGUCGGGGAAGAGCACGGUGGUGGCCGUGCUGAGGGAGCUGGGCUGUGCCGUGAUCGAUGCCGAUGUUAUUGCCAGGCAGGUGGUGCAGCCCCACUCCAAGGCCCAUCAGCAGAUCCUGCAGCACUUUGGCACCGAGAUCCUCCUGGAGAACGGCGAGAUAAAUCGUGAGGCUCUCGGAAGCAUCAUCUUCUCCCAGCCAGAGAAACGGCGGCUGCUGAACUCCAUCACCCACCCUGAGAUCCUGAAGGAGAUGCUGAAGCAGAUCCUGAAGUACUUUGUACUUGGUUACCGCUACGUGAUCCUCGACAUCCCUCUGCUAUUCGAGACCCGUGGAUUGACCAGGCUUAUGAAAUACACAGUGCUGGUUUAUUGUGACCCCCCGACGCAGCUGGCACGGCUGAUGAAGAGGAGCGGGCUGGGCGUGGCCGAGGCCGAAGCUCGGAUCAGCUCCCAGCUGCCCCUGGAGGAGAAGCGCAGGUGGGCGACCCACGUCAUCGACAACUCCGGGGACUGGGAGAGCACUCGCCGGCAGGUCCUGCAGCUGCACACCCGCCUCGAGGAUUCCCUGGAUUUCCUCUGGGCACGGCUGGCGGUGGGCACGGCUGUUGCCGGGCUCGGCGGGCUGGUGUUCCUCCUCAUCCGGCAUUUCAUCUCUUAAUUCACCUUUUCUCUUAGGCAGGGAAAGGGCCUGAAUUUCCCCCUUUGAAAAGGGCAGUGAAAGGCCACCUCUGUUAAUGAGCUUUGCCAGCUGAAUGCAGACAGCAGCAUGAGGCGUCUCCUUGCACACUUCCCAAGGUGAACACAGCCAGAGGUUUUUUCAGGCACAUUCUCCCUGCUCAGGUUCUCACCCACAAACUGUGCCUGUGGGAUGAUGCCCUUGUCCCCAUGUGGGUCUAUUGUGGGUCUUCAGGGAGCUGAGGCACUUUAAUCUGGGACAAUCUCACUUUAAUCUGGGACGAUCUCACUUUAAUCGGGUACAAUCUCACUUUAAUGUCUUCCAGGACAAUCUCCUCCCUAGGGCUGAGUGCCUUCUCAGGCCCUGUUAUUGCCUGCAGUGUCCCCUGGGGUGAUUCCCCAUAGCUCAGCCCUCCUAUUCCAAAUUUAGACUUGGGAUUUCCCCUUUUCAUGUUGAUUAAUGGAAACUUGUUAAAUCAGUGAGGGGACAGCACCUCAUUCACAUGGAUGGGAUGUUCAGCUUGCUGCUCCUCUCCCCUGCUCUCUGCCUCUGUGGUCAUCACUCAUGGGUCACCCUUGGCUUUGGAUCCAAGGGUGUGAUCCACCCUGGAGCAGGCUGAGACCUGAGCUCUGCCUCAUUCAAACUCAUUUCCUGCUGUUUGAGCUUCCUUCAGCGGCAGUUCCCCGGUGGGAGAGCUGAGCCUGGGCGAGGCGGGUGCUGGGUCUUCACUUUUGUUUUAAUAAAACACUGAAAGCAGCUGC